AUGUCCCUGGCGUCUAUCUUCGUCUUCCUCCUCGUGUUCGCGCUGCAGCUGCUCGACCGCUACCUCGACCUCGCCAGAAAGAGGGGAGCACAUAGUGAUGAACUGACCAAACUACGGCUUGAAAUCAAGCAACUUUUGGAGGAGGCCGAUCAGUUGUCAACGCCGUCCACAUUUGCACAAGCUGCUAAACUCAAGCGCUUGGCCGCUGCCAAGGAGAAGGAACUGGCGAAAAUGCAGGAACAGGACCUUAAAGGGAAGCAAUCCUUAUACGACAAAUAUGCAAAGUUUUUGUUGGUUACUAAGGUAAUAAUUUAUGCCGUGCUCAUUCUGUGCUUCUGGAGUACUCCUGUUACUACAGUCCCCCAACAUCUUCUACAGCCCUUCGGAAAAAUGUUUUCCUGGAGAGGUGUUGAUACUGCCACCGGCCAUGUUGUGGUUGGAAUACUCCCGUGGCUGUUUUUGACCUCUCGGGUCAGCAAGCUGCUGUGCCAAAAAUUCGGGUUCGUGCUUGUGCGUCCGUAG